AUGUUUGAUAAAAUGCCACACAGAGAUGUCUAUUCAUGGACAACCAUCAUUCAGGGAUACAUAGCUGCCACAAACUAUGACCAAGCACUCCUUCUCUUCUCUUCAAUGCAUGCCGAUCCUUGCGUCUCCGCCGAUUCCCACGUUCUAAGUGUUGCACUCAAGGCUUGUGGUCUAACUUCCAACAUUUCAUUUGGAGAAUCUUUACAUGCUUUUGCCCUGAAAACUCAUCUCCUUAGCGAUGUCUACGUCGGAAGUGUUCUAUUGGAUUUGUACAAAAGAGCUGGAAUGAUCGACAAGAGUUGCAGACUUUUCAGUGAAAUGCCUUUUAGAAAUACAGUAACGUGGACAACAAUCAUCACGGGACUGGUUCACUCUGGUCGUCACAAGGAAGGUCUUAUGUACUUUUCAGAGAUGUCGAGGUUCAGAGGACUACCUGAUACUUUUACCUUUGCAAUUGCCUUGAAGGCUUGUGCCGGUCUGCGUCAAGUUAAAUACGGACGUGGGAUUCAUACUCAUGUGAUAUUGAAAGGCUUCGGUGCCGUUCUCAAUGUGGCUAACUCUCUCUUUACAAUGUACACUGAGUGUGGGGAAAUGGAAGAUGGGCUGCGUUUGUUUCAAAGUAUGAACGAGAGGGAUGUGGUUUCGUGGACGAGUCUUAUCACCGCUUAUAGUCGUAUAGGUCAAGAGGAAAACGCGGUGAACACAUUCUUACAGAUGAGAAACUCUCAAGUAACUCCCAAUGAGCAUAAGUUUGCGUCCAUGUUUGCUGCGUGCGCGAGUCUUUCUAGACUUGUUUGGGGCGAGCAGCUCCACGGUAAUGUUUUCUCUCUAGGGAUAGGGGAUUAUCUGUCAGUUAGUAACUCGAUGAUGAACAUGUAUUCAACAUGUGGGAAGUUAGACUCUGCUUCUGGUUUGUUUCGAGGAAUGAGAUGCAGAGACAUCAUUUCAUGGAGCACGAUCAUCGGAGGGUACUCUCAAGCCGGUUUUGUGGAAGAAGGUUUUGAGUAUUUCUCAUGGAUGAGACGAUCAGGGACAAAACCUACGGAUUUUGCUCUAGCUAGUUUGCUGAGUGUCUCAGGAAACAUGGCAGUUCUUGAGCAAGGCAGGCAGGUUCAUGCGCUUGCACUUUAUAUCGGUUUAGAACAAAACCCCACCAUACGUAGUGCGCUUAUUAAUAUGUACUCGAAAUGUGGAAGUAUCGUAGAAGCUUCCAAGGUAUUUGAAGAAACAGAAAAUGCUGAUAUUGUUGCUUUGACAGCUAUUAUCAAUGGAUAUGCAGAACAUGGAAAGAGCAAAGAAGCUAUUGAUCUGUUUGAGAAGAGUCUAAUGGUUGGUUUCAGACCCGACACUGUAUCUUUCAUCAGCGUUCUCACUGCUUGUUCUCAUUCGGGACAGCUAGACCUCGGUUUUCAUUAUUUCAACUUGAUGCAAGAGAAAUAUAACAUGAGUCCAGCCAAGGAACACUAUGGUUGUAUGGUUGAUCUGUUAUGUCGAGCAGGAUGGCUAAGUGAAGCAGAGAAGAUGAUCGAUGAGAUGUCAUGUAAGAAGGAUGAUGUAGUAUGGACCACAUUUCUCAGAGCAUGUACUGCCAAAAGAGACAUUGAACGUGGAAGAAGAGCGGCAGAGAGGAUUUUAGAGCUGGAACCUACUUCUUCUACUGCACUUGUAACACUAGCCAAUAUAUAUGCAAGCACAGGGAAAUGGAAAGAGGCUGCAAUUGUAAGGAAGAGUAUGAAAUCAAAAGGCGUGAUCAAAGAGCCAGGAUGGUCUUCAAUUUUGAUCAAAGAGCCAGGAUGGUCUUCAAUUUUGAUCAAGGACCAGGUUUCAGCUUUUGCAUCUGGGGGUCGGUCCCAUCCACAAAGUGAAGAUAUAUACAGUGUCUUGGAAUUACUUGUAUCUGCUGCUGAGGCUCAUAGAUACGAUUGUGCAAUGAAGAGAGCUUUUGAGUCGAUUCAAAUUUUGUGA